CUCGACCGUCCGCGACCGAUACCGCGAACACCUGUUCAACUUUCGCCACCGAACCCUUCCGCGUCACAAGGUCCGACUACAAAGUAGGAUAUACCGGUUCAUCCUAGAGAGAAGGAGGAAGAAACAGGCGGGUGGGAGAUUGGUGGAUAUCAUCCGCCGCCAGAGCCGGCGGUUGGUGUAUGGGACGGGUAGUGGUGGUGCCGGCGUUAGGAAGAGUAUUGGUAUAGGUAGUGCGAGCGGUGGCGGACUCGGCCCGGGACUUGUUGGGAGGAGGUCUUUGACUUGGAAGCAACAACGGUUACUCCGAGAUCGACAAGACACAAGCGACACGAACACGAACGGCGGACCCAACAACGACGCCCAAGCCCAAACGCCCAAGCGCAACACCGACGACGACAAGAUGACGUCCCCAUACACCCACGGCUACACGGGCCAGUACGGCGCCAACGAACCCCCGCGCGAACCCGGUUCCCGCCGCCGAAAACUCGCCGCCAUGGCCGGAAGCGUCUACCGCGCCGGCGUAGCUGCCGCUUCCGAGAUCCGCGAGCAAUAUAGCCAAACGCGCCUGACGCGCGACAUGGGCGAUGGGUCGCCAGAGCAGGUGCACAUCCCCGGCGCGUUCCCGGAGGUGCCUAUCAUCCAUAAAGGCGAAGAGCAGUUGAUCUUGUUUCCUUCGUACGCAAAGAGGCACGUCAAGGGUUCGCAACUGCCUAGGCGGCCCACAGAUCCGGGUGGGAAUCCGUACGGCACACCGAAUGGUGGAGGGAACGGCAUUGGGCCGGGUGUAGAUGAACGCGAUUAUUGGACGGCGGAGUGGAAUAGGCAUGAGGAUGAGAAGGCCGUGGUGGAUGUGGAUAUUAGAGGGUGGAUAUACAUGCCGCCUAGAGGUCCGAUGUCAAGGAAGAAUCGGAUGGUAUUGGGAGUCGCGAGGAGGUUGAGUGGGUUACCGCAGGCUGCGGCGCCGCAGGCUGGUGCAGGACCGCAGCAGGGAGGUGACUUAAGGAGGGCAGUCACUGAUCUGGAAGGGCUUGGGGAGGAGGAAAGGAUUGCGAAGGAGGCGAGGGAGAUUGAAAGGAGGGGACAGGGCGAGAAGGAGGCGGCCACCAGGGGAGAGUACAGCGAGCGACCUAGGGUUGAUGAUAUGGACGAUGGGUUCGGGGCAAUGAGGCAACGGCGCUCGCCAUCGCCGCCGAGUCCGACGGCACCGGCGAGGACGAACUCGGGCUUGGGGGCGUUUCCUUCGGAGAUGACGGAGGCGGAGUUGGCGGCUGCGAACGCGAAUCUGAAUGCGCGGUUGGCACCGUUCAUGGCUACGCCGCUGGUUGGGUUGCCCAUCACACUCUUCUUCUACAACGACCAGCGGUCCAAGUCUAAGACGGUUGAGACUAAUGCGUCAGGUCACUUCAUUGCUCGCGUCCCGUUGGACUUUGUACCGACACACUUCCGAGUGCUGGCCAACGAGAAUAUUUCAACCACUCAGCCCGUCGAGGUUAUCGAGCCCAGGGGAGUCAGUCUGAUCAGCGACGUUGACGACACCAUCAAGCGGUCGAAUAUCAAUGGUGGCGCCAGGGAGAUCUUCAGGAACACAUUUGUCCGGGAACUGGGAGAUCAGACCAUUGACGGAGUCAAGGAGCUGUAUACUUCUCUGCACAAGAUGGGCGUGAAGCUACAUUAUGUCUCCAACAGUCCGUGGCAGCUGUAUCCCGUCUUGGCCACCUUCUUUCACAAAGCCGGGCUACCUCCUGGCUCGAUAGACCUGAAACAGUACAGUGGUAUGCUGCAGGGUAUCUUUGAGCCAGUUGCCGAAAGGAAGAAGGGCACCCUGGAGAGGAUAUUACGCGACUUUCCUGAAAGGAAGUUCCUCCUUGUGGGAGACAGCGGAGAGGCCGACUUGGAGGUAUACACCGAUCUGGUGCUGGCUUAUCCCGGCAGGAUAUUGGCCGUGUUCAUCAGAGAUGUUACCACCCCCGAGCAAGUGGACAUGGGGUAUUUCACCUCGAACAUGCAGGCCACGGACAGAAACAAUGGACUUGAGAGGAGCGACAGCAGUAGGAGGAGGGCGCAGACUAUGCGGGCUGCUACGACCACGAACGCUAGAGAUCAGCCGGCGCCGCCACCGAGACUUCCACCACGUUCAUCUCCUCAGCCUAGGGGGCCGGUCAUGGGCGAUUUGAUCGAUCUAUCCGAUGACCCCCCUCAGCCGAAACAUGACCCCCGAAGCAGCAGUCUCAACGUCAUGCACGGGAGUAAAUCAACAAGUGACAUCCCGCAAAGGAAAGGCCCGCCACCACGUCCCGCCAAACCCACAGCACUGCGCAGUUCACCAGCAGAAAUCAGUACCGGCGGUGCUCCUCCCCCUUUGCCACCAAAACCUCGCGAAUCUCCCCGGCCCAGCACUUCGCUUCAGAACACUUCCGCGCCAGGAUCAGGAUCAAGAGGUCCCGCCCCUCCCCCUCCACCACCCCGUCGCACCAGCACCAGCACCGCCAACUUUUCCCAGCCCCAGUCGCAACAACCACCCCUCCCGCCACCUCGCCGCGUCCAAACCACCAACUCCUCCAAUUACGACUCCGACACAGACGAAUGGGGUCUUCCCCUUCCCCUCGAGAAUCGUGCCUUGGGCAGUAGUAGCGGUAGUCGCUCCAACACCUUCCUCCCCGUUCGCCCCGCUACUUCUUACGAUACCAUGAAUGGACUCAACGGGGCGUCUGUAUAUGCCACUGGUAAUACUGCUUCAGGAGGAGGUGGUGCAAACUCGCCGGUGAACAAAAAGUUGGAGAUUUGGCUGAGACGGCUGGCGGAGGCGCAUGAGCUGUUGGAAAAGCAGGGGGUGAAGUUGUAUACGUGGAGAGAGGGGAGGGAUGUGGUGGCGGAGGCGGAGGGGAUUGUUAGAGAGGCGAUGAGGGGGUUUAAUCAAGGGGUGGGUGGGAGGAGGUCAUAGUGUGAUGGCUGUCUUGGUAGCUAUGGAGAUGUUAGGGAGGUGGAGGAGGUUAUUUGGGAUGCGGAU